GCAGCAGACAUCCGGCCAGAAGGUGUGGUACAGGCGGCCAGGACGUGCCCCAGUACAGGCGGAAGUGUUGACCCUGGAUAGAAAGACGGCCUGUAUCUUGCCCUGGAGAGCAGACCUUCCCCUCCUGGUACCUGUGAAACAUCUGUAUUACUCCCCGUGAGUCUGUGAGCCUUCAGGAGCACUGGAAGGAACAAAAUGCCAUCAAGCGUUCCAGUGUUGCUGUCGGAUCACAUGCAACACAUGGUGAUGGUCUGCAUGGGACUGAUGGAACAUAGAACAGACCUGCACCUCAGGACCUCAUGCCUCCAGUCACAUCAUCGAGCACUGGCCCAUAGAAGAGUAUGGGCAUUCACUGAUCAUCACUCGUCAUGAAUUGUCCCAACACGUGUCACGAUAAAAUCGUACAAGCGUCGCGAUAUACCGGAUCUUUGUAUUCGGGAAAGCUUACCCUUUAGUUAACGUGAUCAUUGGUUCACACCACGAAGGGGUGGAGUGUGUGGGAACUGCUGAGUCACGGCCUGAACCUCUGAUUGAUCACCUGAGGCGAGCCAUGAGUCAGCCAGCGGAGCACAGGUGAAGGCAAUUCAUCUGUGCUGCCAGAAGGGGUGGAACCAGGCUCCUCCUAGCCCUAUUUAAGAGCUGGCUACCAGAGGGGAUGGAUCUCGUCUGGAGAUCCCCUCUUCUGGUGUUUUGUGGUGAGCCCAGUAUAAGGAUCAGAGCUUUGUUUCCUCAGCCGUAUGUUUUAUCUGCAUUGGUUAGCUACCAUUCCUGGAUACCUGCAUCCCACUAAGGGCUGCUGCUGUUGCGCUUCUUCCCGCUGGGAUGGAGGCAGAGCGUCAUUGUAGUCCUCUUUUCAUCAGCAAUCAGGGACUCAGUCGCUGUUCCCUGUGAAGAAAAGACGGGUUAAAAAUGUACCCUCUCACACCCAGAUUGACCUCCUGCAAAAUGUGGGAGAAUGGCACUGUCUGAAGCACCAUCUCUGCCGAGUGACUUCUGUGGUGCUGUGAUUUAUCAGUGCAAACCUGCAUUGCUGUGUAUGCUGAAUAGUUUGGAGUGUGUCAUGGGAUCGGGCAUGCAGGAAAACGAGUUGCAGAGAGGCUUCAACAAGGACAGGGCUGGAUGAGGAGAGUCAGCGAAGGGUUCAGCUCCCCUGGGAGCUUGUGUCACAGCAUGGUAUGCCCUUUGCCAGGGGUACAGCGAACGGCGGGGAGUAUUACCUGGGUGUCUGCGGGAAUGGUGGGAAAUAGUGGUGGUGCGUGGCAGGUUGGACUGGAUGAUCUGGAGGUCUCUUGCAGCCUUUGUGAUUCUGUGAUUGUAAAGCUGUCUCACCACAGCACUGGGAGCUGGCUGUGGGGGCAUCUCCUUGAGCAGGACACUCAGGGACACAGCGUUUCUCCCAUUUUUGUAGAGGCCGAGGCUGGCAGAACAAAUGGACGCUCAGGGAGAGGCGGGCUGGUCCCUGCCCAGCUGUUAACGGGAGUCUGCUUCAGGCGUCCAUGCAGUGGCCUCUUCAACUGCGUGGGGUGUGGCUCCCUCAGGUGUGGUUUUCCUUUGGAGAGAGCUUGCACCCGCUUGCUGAGCAGCGUUCUCUGCACGUCCAGCAUGCUCAGCUCUGCGGCAGGUGGCAGGUAGGGCGUCAGUCGUUUUGUAGCCACCUUCCAGAACAGGGACGCGGAGCUGCAGAUGUUUGCGAUGGAAUCCGAUGUGCCAGGCAUGCCUGGCUGUUGUGUGAAGGAGUGCAUCUCUGCAGCAGCGCGUCUCUGCGGCCACCUCGUGCUGCUGAUAACGACGGCCCCUGCCUACUCAAAGGUCAGGAACGUUUCCGAGUCCUGCUGUAUGCCAAGAAUGAGCUCAAUCCAGAGGACUUUGCCGGUGGCGGUGGUCAGCUUGAGCUUGCAGUGUCGGUUGGAGGGCAGCAACUCGAGGUUCAUUGUGGCCGACUGAGGCAUAGCCACCCAGGCUUCUCUCACGAGUUCCUGGAACCAGGUUGCGGUUUUCUCCAUUUCCAGGUAGGACUCGUUGCAGAGGGUUUGCAGCAGGCUGGGCAUCUGCUCUGUCAGCUGGUCCUCAGGGUGGUGGAGGAAGCACAUCAGGUGUGGCAUGUGCUGCUCCGUUUGGCACGUGCACUGGCGCUCCACGCGGAUGCAGGAGUUCCUCACCCCUAUCCUCUCUCUGGGGCCCACCUCCAACUGGAAGACGUGGCCCGGGGGUGCCUUCAGGGGCACGAGCAUGCGGUAGACAGUGUAGCACCCAUCGGGACCCCUGCCUUCAAAGCCAACGCCCACCCCAAUGGCUGGCUGCAGCCGUGGCAUGAAGUAACCCUGGGCAACUGUGUGACAGACGCUCAGAAGUUCAUCCACCAGCUCCUCCACCACCUUGCACUUGUUUCUCCGGGACUUCAGCGGCCAAAUGGAGAACUCGGAGUAAAACCUGCUCACGUAGGUGACAUCACCGGGGUCUCCGUGGCACACCGGCUCCCACAUCUCCCUGUCGCAUUUGUUCCAAAGGUCAAACAGCUGUUGGGACAACUCUGCUGCUUGCCUUUCCCUGUACCGUUUGCGGAUGAAGAGGAAGAGCAGGAAAAGCAGCAGUACAGCCAAGGCCCACACUUUCCAGGACUGCAGUGCAGAGAAGUACGAGCCUUGCACCCCCAUCCUGCUCUCCUCCGCGUUCUUGUCUUCUGUCUCCAGCAGCAGCUUUGUCAUCUGCUCUUGCAGAUACGCCUCAUACUGCUGCGCGUGCUCAUGCGUGUCCGCAUCCAAACUAUCACCAAGAAGUAGUCUUCUGUUCGCCAACAAGGCUAACAGUAACACCAAAGCCAUGAUCUGGAAGAGGGGAGAGAGGGGAGGUCAGUGGGGCUGGGUGGGAGCUCGCACGGGGCUGGGGGAGCGGGGCCAGGAGCCACAGCCCCUGGGGUCAGGUAGGAGCGGGGGUGAGGGAGCUGGGAGGCAGGAGGUGACUGCCCGCAGAGCUGCUCGCAGGCUCCCUGAGCGCUCGCUGCUGUCUCUGCAGGCUCCCAAAGCCCCCGCG